AUGUCUCUUCGCACACCACUCUCAGUGCCCGAGUUCGGCACUCCGGUGCCUCCUCCAUCUGAUGACACAGCAGAGACUGCAGAGUCUGAAAAUUCGGAUGUUGAUGUACGUUCCAGUUCGUCUUGCUCUAGCGAUGUCGAAGAUCUUGAUGAUGUUCAACAACCUUCAGGCUCGUCAAAGCGAACGUCGCCGAACUUCACUACAAUGAAAAUGGCGCCAGUGGCGAGAUUGCCACCAGAACUCCUUUCGGUUGUGUUUUCAUAUCUCGAUUCUAAACGAGACCAAUGGGCAUUUAUUAUGACAUGUCGAAGUUGGUUCUCGUCAUCCAUAGAAGGAAUUUGGUUUAGACCCACUCUGAAUUCCCAGCGAGCCUUAUUCUUGUUCAUUCGCACCUUGAUCACUGUAAAGAAUUUCCGAGAGGCUGCCGUAGCACUACCACCCACAAAGGAGGGACCCCGCUUGAUAGCACCAUAUGGCUCAUUUGUAAAGCGGCUUAAUUUAAGCAAUGUGUCUACUCUCAUAAAAGAUAGUGUUUUGACUGAUAUGCUUGUUUGCGACCGUCUAGAAAGACUAACAUUAGGUAACUGCGACAAACUAACUGAUCGGUCAGUCAAGCCCCUUAUCACAAUGAACAGAUUUAUCCAGUCUGUUGAUAUCUCGAACUUAGAGUUUUUGUCCGAUGAGACGUUAUUUGCGAUUGCUCAAAAUUGCCCUAAUCUUCAGGGCUUGUAUGCCUCUGGAUGCAAGCAAUUUACAGAUCUCGGUUUGAUCGAAGUAGCAAAGUCAUGUUCACUGCUUAAACGGGUCAAGUUGAAUGGAUGCGUGAAUAUAUCAGACGAAGGUUUGCUAACUUUGGUUCAAAACUGCCCCUUUAUUGUAGAAUUGGAUGUGGCAGGUUGUGCUGGUGUCACGAACUCAUCGAUGACUCCGCUGCUAAUGAGUUUACGCCAACUGAGAGAGUUCAGAGUAGCUGCUAAUAUGGCCAUUAGUGAUGACGCGUUCAUUAAUUUACCAACCAUAAGUCAUUUUGAGAAAUUACGCAUAAUCGAUCUUACCUCAUGUGUUCUCGUUACAGAUUCGGGUAUCGGCAGACUUGUCAAGUACUCGCCGAGACUACGAAAUGUCGUACUCGCGAAGUGCGUUAAUAUCACUGAUCGCGGUGUUCAAUAUCUCAGUAGCUUGGAGCAGUCUUUGCAUUAUUUGCAUUUGGGUCACUGUAGUAACAUUACUGACAGAAGUGUGAAUUAUCUUGUUAAACGGUGCCCCAAGAUUCAGUAUAUUGAUUUCGCCUGUUGUACCCAGCUUACGAACGCUGCGGUUAAGGACCUAUCAACACUAGCAAAGUUGAGACGCAUAGGUUUAGUGAAAUGUCAAAAUAUCACUGACACUGCUAUAUAUGCUCUGGCCAAGCGCCAAGGGUCCGAGAAUACUUUGGAACGCAUCCACCUCAGUUAUUGUGGAAACAUCACUUUGUUUGCUAUUAUGCAAUUGGUUAAUUCUUGUCAAAGGUUAACCCAUUUGAGUCUGACAGGAGUCCCACCAUUUAUGCGUCCUGAUCUCACUAGGUAUUGUCGAGAACCACCUCCAGAGUUCACACAACACCAGCAGUCUGUGUUUUGUGUGUUCAGUGGAAUUGGUGUCGACAGACUUAGAAAUCAUUUGAAUGGAAUGAUGGCUGAGCACCAUCGUGUUACUAAUGAACAGGAAACUCUCAUGGCUGCCCCUACUCAUGAGUUACCGGCACCGGUAGGAUUACAUGAAGGUGUACCUCUAGAGGGUGGGAUUCCAUUUGCACCACCACACCAGAUGAACAAUCGUACUCCUCCAAUCCCAGGCAUGCCUCAUGGUCGUAUCAUAUUUCCAACUGACGAAGAAGAGGAGGAAGUCCCUGAGGAGUACUUGCUUGUCUAA